AUUCUAAUUGCCUUGCUAUAUACUUCUGCAUACUAAUUUGACCUACUAACUUCUUGAGACUUGAUUUUCAAUAUGUUGACUUUAAGUGCAAUUUUAUCUCGGAUAGUGUUUUACCCGUCCUUAUCCUAUAAUAUACUGUUGUCCAAGAUAUCGGUUCGGAAGUGGUACAACCGGAUUGACGACACUGUGAUCCUCGGAGCCAUACCUAUUAAAACUCUCGCAGACGACAUUAUUAAGACAGAAAAUGUCGGAGGAAUAAUCUCGCUCAAUGAAGAAUAUGAAAUGAAUUAUGUAAUGUACACUGAAGCCGAGUGGAAGGAUAGGAAUGUCGAACAGCUGAAGAUACCCAUCGUUGAUUUUAUUGGUACCCCCUCCGAGGCGGACAUUACCAGAGGUUUGGACUUCAUCGCGAAAUAUAAAGACUUAGACAGAAGUGUGUACGUCCAUUGUAAAGCAGGAAGGACUCGUAGUACCACACUUGUGUCUUGUUAUUUGAUGAAGAAGCACAAUUGGUCUCCGGAGAAAACGAUUAGUAUUGUUAGAGAAAAACGACCUCAUAUUGUCUUACGACAGCCUCAUCAUGAUGCUUUAAAAUCCUUUUAUAAAACGUUAAAUCCAGAUGCAUAAUACAAAAGAUCCGAAAUCUGCAUCAAGGAGUGAGCUCUCUCGUAUAUCUAUAGAAAACUGCCAUUGUAACGAGCUCUGUCU